CUCAUCCUCGAGGGCGGAGAGAGGUGGCAUUUGAGUCCUCCGGUAUCCCAGCAGGCAGUGCAGCCUAGAGAUGCUGACAAAGGACCGGAGGAGCAGUCGCAGCUGCUUUCCGAGGAGCCGGUGUUGCCAAGAUUGCCAAAAUGCUUUGGAGUUUUUAACUGUUUUUGAGAAAAGCCCCAAAUCGAUUUGAGACUGUAACAACAGAAGCUACAGCAAGAGGGAUUCAGUGCCAAUGCAUCAACAAAAAAGACAGCCAGAGUUAGUGGAAGGAAAUCUUCCUGUUUUCGUGUUUCCCACGGAGCUAAUAUUUUAUGCAGAUGACCAGUCAACACAUAAACAAGUGUUGACUCUGUAUAAUCCUUAUGAGUUUGCCUUGAAGUUCAAAGUUUUGUGUACUACUCCAAAUAAGUAUGUUGUCGUUGAUGCUGCAGGUGCAGUAAAGCCUCAGUGUUGUGUGGAUAUUGUGAUUCGUCACAGAGACGUUCGAUCCUGUCACUAUGGUGUGAUAGACAAAUUCCGUCUCCAAGUGUCUGAGCAGAGCCAGAGGAAGGCGCUAGGAAGGAAGGAGGUUGUGGCUACUCUCCUCCCGUCGGCAAAAGAACAACAAAAGGAAGAAGAGGAAAAAAGAAUAAAGGAACAUUUAACUGAGAGUUUAUUUUUUGAGCAGUCGUUUCAACCAGAAAACAGAACUGUCUCCUCAGGACCCAGUUUACUGACCGUCUUCCUGGGAGUGGUGUGUAUUGCAGCUCUGAUGCUUCCUACGCUGGGAGACGUGGAAUCGCUGGUGCCUCUCUACCUCCACUUAAGUGUGAAUCAGAAAUUAGUGGCUGCUUAUAUCUUAGGUCUUAUCACAAUGGCUAUACUUAGAACAUGAGCAAGGAAUUCAGUUGACUUCUGAAGUAAAUUUAUCUUGAAAAUAUGAAUGUGGACUGCCUUUUAUCUCUAUUUCACCCCCUUGCCAUGCUACAAACUAUUGAAUGAUUUACAAUCAUUGCAAAUGUAUAAUAUAUAUUUUAAAUUACUCUAUAAUUUUAUUCCAAGGACUUCAGGCACAUUAUGUUACAGACAGCAAGGAUGCUUCUGAGUGACACUUAGGAAAUUAUUUGAAGAAAUUCUUUUUAUAUUUAAGCCUAUCCUGCAAAAGACUUUAAUUAAGACACUUGUUAUCUUCUCAUCUUUUUUCUAAUUCACUCUGAUUGUUGAGGUCAUGUGUCCUUCAAAGUUAAAGGCCUAAAAGAGCAAACUGACCAGCCUGAAAAUAAAAUGACAUUUAUUUCCUAGCUGCGAACAUCAAUGUUACUAUGUAAAUUAUACCUUGUCCUCUAUCAUUAUAAGCAGUUGCCAUGGUGUUUCUAAAAUAAGAGUUUUACAGUUAAUGUGUAGAGGGUGAAAAAAGAGGCAUCAAGUCCUGAGGGAUCAUGCUUACCUUAGGGUCUCACAGAAGACAGGCUGUAUUUAAUUCAUCUGGUGAACUACAGAAGAGCUUGUGGUCCAGCCACCAAGAAGCAGGGUGACCAUUUUGUUUGGUCUAAGAAUCCGAAAGGAAGGUAGGCAUUUGGUUCGUUAGUGGGUACACCCUGCCUUUCCCUCUGGAUAACGCUUUAUGUUGAUAGGAGGAAAAAUCACCUUAACUUUGCUCCUCGGCCCUUUGCCUGCCUGGAAGCUACUCGUCCAAAUUGGGACUCCCGAUGCCUGGUGAUUUAUGUGGAGGUGAUUUUUCACCUUUAAACUCUAAGCCAAGUUCAAAAGAAAAAACCUUGCUAUCUGUGUCUAUUUUAUAUCAGUCACGGAGACAUUUUUUAAGUUUGUAUUUAUGAUGAAAAUAACUUUACCAAAAAAAGGUCCCUGAAGCACAACUACGUCCGUUUCUUUAUAGCCUCUUCUGAUCUCUAACAUAUAUAUGCAGUUUUACCUGUUAUUGUUAUAGUAACUGAUCUUUUGACUUGGGAUUUUUAUCUUGAGAGCACAAUGCAUCGAGUCUCUUGGAAAUCAUCGUCCAGAUCUUCUUGCAGGAUGCGCUCACGCACGGCUACCGCAGCAGCCUCCAGGAACACACACGAACACAGACGUGUAUGCCUGAGGCUGGUUUUUGCAGGAAACAGCAAUUUACUUCUCAUCUAAAAGCUUUUAUGUAUAGUCUUUCAUAGAAAAUCCUCAUUGUGUAACCAUUGGGGGCAUAGAAAUCAUCAAAUGGAUCAUGUCUGUACAUUGUGUGAUGACUGAAAAGCACAUAAAUGUCAGCCUAUUUUGAACUUUGUAAAAAACAAAAAACAAAAAACACCUCGAGUUUGAA